UGGUGGAGGCGUGGAGCUGUGCGUAAACAAUGGCCUCUGGUGAAGGGGAAGAAUUCGUCUACAGGAUAAGCACGGCUGAGGAUUGGGAAGCAUUGCGAAAGAAUGGAUCUACUUUUGGCGGAGAUUUGGACAAAUCCUCUGGUUUCAUUCACUUCAGCUCGCUUCAUCAGGUAAAGCCUACUCUGCAGAAUUUUUUCUCUAACGUCAAGCUGGAUUUGUACCUUCUUCAAAUUGAUACUAAGAAGCUUGGAGGUGAAUUGGUGUAUGAACUUGUGGAUGGUUCCAACAAAUUCCCGCACUUCUACGGCCCAUCGCGAAGCUUUGCUCCUCUUCCAUUAGAUGCCGUUACGAAAGCCGAGAAGCUGUCGGUGGUAGACGGCCAUUUCAGCUGCAGUUUACUGAAUUAGCAGUGAUGGUUCCAACAGCUUCCCUCACUUCAUCAUCUUCUUGAACAUGUGGAGAAAAUAUAGCAUUUGAAUGUAAUAACCACACAAUGUUCUGCCAUUGUAACACUUCUAAUAUAUGGCAAUGGUGUGUGCACUUUGUUUAAUGAUGUGUUUUUAUGGAUUA